AUGGACGCAGAUGUCCUCACCGACGUUUGUAAUUGGAUUCCAUCCCUAAUGCUUGGUAACUCCGAGAAGGAAAAGCAUGCCAUGUACGUCCAGGACCUCUACACCAUUCUUCACGCACUCUGGGUAGAUGACACCAAACCCCUCCAUGGUUUUAUUCGAGUUCAGAUAUCGCUGCUUCUACUUCUUAGCGGUGCUACAGCGACGAGACCCGGAGCCAUCGUCGAAAGCGCAAGUGCUAAAGGCAGCAACAAGGCACUCUCGUUCAAGAACAUCGAACUUCUAAAGGUUCGCAGCGUAGUAGACCCUAACCAGAGCACUAUUGUGGCGAACGUUAAUCUUGAGAACGUCAAAAAUAAAGAAAAGGACGGGAAACCAAAGAAGUUCACCUUCCGCUUAAAAGGGACCCCCGCCUUCUGCAUAGUUUCCUACAUUCUGAGCAUCGGCAUCGGUCAAGGAGCAUUGAGAGACGAAUUUGCUAGUGUUCAAGAUAUAUUCGACCUGAGUAUACCUGCGGACCGCGACGUACUCCGCAUCAAAUGGGAAAAGGAGUUGCUAAACAAACCGUUCCUAUGCGAUUUAAGGAGUACAAGCGAGGGUGUCCGCAUAUUGAAAGAGAAGGCGUUUCCAAUACGCGAAAUAUCGUGA